AAUAAGCCCAGUGGAAAAAUAUUUGCAAUGGUGCAAUCCGCCUGAUUAGACAGAUGAUACAAAGAGCUGCAUUUAACAAUUCCCAAAUACGAGCGGGCGCCGCUUGACCUUUGCUCUUGUUGACGUUGUAUUAAGGAUUUGGGGUGGAACAAAUGCGGUCAGGAAUCUUAAAGGGAAAUAAAAGCGAUGCGAAAGAGAAACAGUGGAGUGGGUGCUGGUGGAGGUAGAGUGGCGAGGAGAAGGAACGCUUGAAAUCGCCUGGUGCCCGGCUCGGCUCGGCUGCAGGCCGCUGCUGCAGGUUAAUUUCGGUGCGCGGGCGGCGCGUUUGGAACCCUGACCUGGGAAUUUGUAUCAAUUUGAACAGUUGCAACGUUCCGUUUCGGGUGUAACAUUUUGAACUGGCAACAUCGCGCUGCAACUCCUGCGCUGCCCGGGAUACAGUGAAAAAAAACACACCCCAGGGCUUUAAUUGUCACAGGAACCAAGACUGUGUAAAUUAUUCUUUGGGCGUCUUUUCAUGGCUCUGUAGUUCCUCCUUCUCGAGAUGGCUGGGCCACCCUCUCCUGUUGUUCCAACCAACAUUGAGCAGCAAGGUACAGGCAGCAUUCUGGCUGACGACACUUGUACAGAGGUGACAGGACUGUUGCCGCUGACGACUGAUGGCCAGGUCCCAUCCUCGGCACCAAUGCUUUCCCCACCGAUAUCCAUGGCACACACCUCCUCAUUUGUCCUCUGCCAGGAGCCUGCAGAGCAGGGGGCAGGUCACGCUGCCAGCUCAGUGUCCCCAGAAGAUCCCGAGGUCAGCCGCAGCAAGGAGCAGGGUCGCAGCAUGGGCAACCUUCAUUCUGACCAACACCACACUCCCGACACCACUCCAUCGCACCAGGGUGCCCCAGGAACAAUGGAUCGGGGAGAGGGGCAGCCUGAUCGCCCGAUACUGACAGGUCGUGGAGAGACGGCGAAGGUGGACCCUGUGCUGAGCCCUUACGAACCGGUGCAGCCUCAUUGGUUCCACUGCAAGAUGGAAGACUCCAAGGCUCUGUGGACUCCCUUCAGUAAACUGGACUCUCUCGUGCUGGAGGAGAAGUAUCGUUCUGUGUCGAGCUCGGAGGAGGUGGUUGUGGCGACGGAUGGCGGGCGUUACGACGUGUUCCUCAUCCAGCGCUCACGGCAUGCGGUGUACUGGCAGGAGACGCCCAGCGAAGUGCGGCGAUGCACCUGGUUCUACAAGGGCGAGAAGGACAGCAGGUUUAACCCCUACACCGAGGAGUUCAGCGAGCAGAUCGAGAAAUCGUACAAAGAGGCUGUGAUAACCAAUGAAUGGAACAGGAAGGUAGAAUUCAGCACAGGAGAAAUCAUUAUCCUCCACAAUCCAAAGCUGAUGAUGCAUUUCCAACCGUCGGGGUCGCUGGACGAGUGGGGCUCUCCCUCCACCGAGCAGAGUAAACCGUGGGCCAUGAAAAGGGGCACGGACCAGACCUACGGGGACAUCUUCGCCGGUGAACCUGUGAAGGUGGAUCACUUGGUCUUCAUGGUGCAUGGAAUUGGGCCGGCUUGUGACAUCCGAUUCCGUAGCAUCAUUCAGUGCGUGAAUGAUUUUCGGAACUCUUCUCUCAACCUGCUGCAAACGCACUUCAAGAAGGCACAAGACGAACAGAAGGUUGGUCGCGUGGAGUUUCUGCCCGUCAAUUGGUACUGCACUUUGCAUGGAGACGCAACAGGGGUGGAUGAAGAGAUUCGGAGGAUCACGCUACCGAGCAUCAGCCGUCUGCGACACUUCACCAACGAGACCCUCCUCGACCUUUUCUUCUACAACAGCCCCACCUACUGUCAGACUAUAGUGGACACAGUUGCCAGUGAGAUGAACCAUCUCUUGACCAUCUUCCAGCAACGCAAUCCGGACUUCAGUGGAGGCGUUUCGGUGACUGGACACAGUCUUGGUUCCCUGAUCCUCUUCGACAUACUGACAAACCAGGUAGAUGUGGGCUCCAGAGAACCAACACCGAGGCAACCACUUCCGAGAAGGAAUUGUCAUUCCUGUGCCAAGAACGUGAAGAGCUUGGAAGAAGCUCUGAAAAUGCACGGGCUAUCUGAAUUCCAGAGUGUCUUGGAAAAGGAAAAAUUGGAUUUUGAUUCAUUGGCGAUGUGUUCGGAUGCUGAACUGAAGGACUUGGGGAUUCCUCUGGGACCGAGGAAGAAAAUCCUUAGUUUGGCGAAGAAAUUGGCUCACAGCCAGGAGCAUCAGGAAGAGGAGCAGAUCGGUGAGCCAGCGGUGAGAGCCAUCCCUGAGAAAGCCAGCCUGCCCUCGGAGGAGGGGGGCGCUGGUGAGCAGUCACAGAGACCCCUGUCCACCAGCAGUCUCACUUCGGUCAACUACGAGCAGUUUGACGUUGGCAUCGGUCAGGUUUUGGUAAAUUAUCCACGUCUGAACUUCGAGCCUGAGGUCUUCUUUGCAUUCGGCUCGCCCAUCGGAAUGUUUCUGACUGUCCGAGGACUGAAGAGGAUCGAUCCCAACUACAGGUUCCCGACGUGCAGGAGAUUCUUCAACAUCUACCACCCUUUUGACCCUGUCGCCUACAGGCUUGAACCCAUGAUCGUCCCUGAGGUGGAGCUGGAGCCCAUGCUGAUUCCCCAUCACAAGGGCAGGAAGAGGAUGCACCUGGAACUGAAGGACAGCCUGACGCGGAUGGGCUCCGACCUGAAGAAUGGCCUGUUCUGCUCACUGCGGAACGCCUGGCAGUCCUUUACCCGGAUCCAGUCCCCCAUGCCCCCCCAGCUGCUGCCUGACGCGACUGCGGUGCCCAAUGAGCCAGUGGCCAACGAGAGCGAAGCUGGAUCGGACAUGGACGGGAGUGGCUCCCUGCAGCAGGAGGAGGAGAUCAAGAUCGGGAUGUUAAAUGGCGGGCAGCGCAUUGAUUACGUGCUGCAGGAGAAGCCCAUUGAGAGCUUCAACGAGUACCUCUUCGCUCUCCAGAGCCACCUCUGUUACUGGGAAUCUGAGGACACAGCUCUACUAAUUCUGAAGGAGAUUUAUCAAACACUUGGUGUCAGCCUUGAACAAGCACAGCACUAACAGAGACCUGCACCAGUGGGGAUGGAGAUCUCCGAACACGCCCCAACGCUGGCAGAGUUGGAAUCGCCAGUGCACCCAACAUGACCCCAUUCCUUGUUUUUCUUUCCUCUUCCUUCCUUCCAAGCGAAGCUGCUAAUCCUGAAGGUGUUGAGGACUUCCAUUAACUUCUCUGUAACAAAUGAGGUUGGUUGCCAAAUGCAUUGGAACGCCUGUCUGUCUGAAGUUUGGAUUUUGAGCAAUGCAGGGUGUCUGCAACCAGCAGAUGCAGGGGAGGGAACCUCUCCAAAAAUUGCAUUGAAGGCACUGUUGUCUGUAACCUGCCCACAAACAUUAUCAGUGCUGGCAUCCAAUUAACAGGAUUAACUUUAGUCAGUGAUGUGGUCUUCAGCAUCGGAAAGAGUGUGGUCUGUGAUGGAGUUUGAUGUUGGAGCUGUUACUACAGACCAGGUAACGCAGACUUGUUUAUCCAUUUGUUUCCUGGUUUGGAUUGUAAAUGCACUUUUAAUCUGAGUGUGGAUUUAAGACUUGAAAUAUUCUGAUUUACUUGCAUCAUCACUUUGCAACCAAGUGUCCCAUGGGGCUCAUGACUAAACCACUUUGUAACAUUGUUUUUGAGUUCCCAUGCUCACUUUUUGUCCUUGUCACCCUGUGGUGUGGCUAUUUAGUUCUGGAGCAAUUGUAAAUGGAUCAGAUGCACGUUCAUUAAUGCACCAGCAAUAAAGUAACAUGUCUGUAAUGUAGAAGCAGAGGGUGUUCAGUGAAUGUUGGAGAGGUUGGAACUGAGAUUGUGACACACAGUGUUUGCCGUUGUUGGAAACUCCAGCACAGCGGCUUUAGAACCAACCAAUGGCCAUUAACUUGGAAAAGAAUUCCUCCCCUUCCUCCCCACCGCCACAUCUUUGCUCUCUCUUCCAGUUUCACUUGCGAUGCCAAACUGAGUUCUUGUCCAGGAACUUCUUCCCACUGUCCCAUCUACAAGGAGUAAUGUAACCAAAAUGAAUUGAUUGGCCUGCAUGGCAGCUUGCUGUCUACACAUUGACUGCCUUUCCAAAGUGUUUCAGAUCAGCCGCACAGAGUGUGUGUGGGGGGAUAAAAACCUAUUUGUAUAAAACUUGGUGUCUCAUUACAGCUUCCCCCUGAAUCUUUUGCCUGGGCUUCCCAUUUCUCUCAGUGCGAUAGAGAUCCUUGGGUUACCACCCCGAAGUCCCGCUUCUCCAAGGUUGGGUGCUGUGGCAGGGAACCAGUUAUCAGACCAGUAGCUCCAGGUGUGCUUUGCGACCAAGUACUUGGCUACGUGGAUUGGUGGCGGUGCAUUGGUAGCCGUGGCACAGAGCUCCACUCCUUUCAUAAGAAGUCUGCUCCAGAGAUAGCUCCUGUGGAGACCUCCUCCUCUCAGCUCCCGAGAGGCUGGUUCUGUCCUGACCUCUGGUGCGGUCUCCAACAACGGUAAAGCUGCACUGCUGUGGUGGGUGUCUUCUCAGUCUUGUACAAAAGGACGGUCACUGCAUCCUAAAAUAUAAACACCAAGACCCAUCUCUGCACCAAAUCUCUGAACCCAGGGCUGUAGUCUCACCUCUGGCCUUUCAUCUGACUGGGGGCAUCUUUCACAGCACUCAUCCAUUUGAGAAGAUGGUUAUAUCCCAUUCACGAGCAGUUGGAUCGGCCAGAGGUGGUCCCUGAACCAUUGUGGCAGGCACACCAGCUCCUACAGAAACCACCUUCCACAGGAACACCUUCCAGGAUCCGUGAGUUCAGUUGAGCAAG